GUUUGGAUUUGUUGGUUCUGUGUGGUGGUUUGAUAACGUGAACAUUGGGUUUUUGGGGUACUUGUGGGUUUUUUGGCUAUGGAUCAAGGUUGGAAAAGGUUACCCUUGCUACUAGUCGUCUUGUUUUGGAGGAAUGCUGAUGGACUUAAAAGUGGCGCAUAUUCAGAUGCCCAUCGUGGGUGGGGUCAGCCUUCUGAUGCUCGUUCCCAUCAUGCAGUCCAGUCUUCCAUGUCAGAGGUCCAUGUGACUAGGACUUUGCCUGUUGAAGAAGUGGGCUCCAGAUUGUUCCCUGCUAAGCCCCUGAAAAGCAAGUCGAAAUGGAAUCUACCUCAGUUUGUCAAAGGUGGUUCCAGCAGUUAUCCGUCAAUGUCCCAUGCCCAAACUGCUCCAAGCAGCUCUGUCUCAGUUUCCUUGCCUCUGUCCCGGAAUCAACAGUCUUCAAGCAGUUUAGCGUUCUCUGGAUCAACUGUUCCAGGUGUUGCUGGGGGACUACGUUUGGAGACCCAAUAUGCUGCAAGUGGUUCUGGACCAGUUUCUACCCUAAGAGAGAGUAGUAGCUAUCCUGCCCAGCUUGGUGUUUCUGGCCAAUCCACCAGUGAUGCUUUGCAUGUGUCAAGCUCCCAAGAAACCCAAAGUGCUUUCAGUCAGUCCACCAGUGUCUUGAGUUCCCAGAAGCAAUAUAGUGCUGCCUCCCAGGUCAGCUCUGGGGCUCAGCUUGGGGCCUCUACUGGUUUGCUCCCGCAGAGAAUGAGCAGCUCUUUCAGUGGUUCUGUCCAGUCUCCAGGUACCACAAGUCAGUUUGCCCUUGGGUCUUCCCCAUAUGCUGCAAGUGUGUCACUGUCCUCCCCACAAGCUGGUCCAUCUACUGUUCCGGGUCCUCAGAAGCAGCUGACCUCUACCUACACUGGCAGCUCUGGCACCCAGGCAGGAUCCUCUACUCUCUUCACCCUGCAUGGAAGCCCUGCUUAUGGAUCACGUCAGCCUCAAGGUACCACAAGUCUGUCUGCCCCUGUGUCUCCAUCCUCAUAUCCAGGUUUAUCCCACUCCUCACCCCAAGGUGUUGCCAGUCAAUCUAGUUCACAGAAGCGGCUUACCUCCAUCUACCAGGUCAGCUCUGAGGCUCAGCUUGGGGCCUCUACUGGUGUGCACCCUCAGAGAAUGAGCAGCUCUUCCAGUGGUUCUGUCCAGUCUCCAGGUACCACAAGUCUGUCUGCCCCUGGGUCUCCAUCCUCAUAUCCAGGUUUAUCCCAGUCCUCACCCCAAGGUGUUGCCAGUCAAUCUAGUUCACAGAAGCGGCUUACCUCCAUCUACCAGAUGAGCUCUGGGGCUCAGCUUGGGGCCUCUACUGGUGUGCACCCUCAGAGAAUGAGCAGCUCUUCCAGUGGUUCUGUCCAGUCUCCAGGUACCAAAAGUCAGUUUGCCCUUGGGUCUUCCCCAUAUGCUGCAAGUGUGUCACUGUCCUCCCCACAAGCUGGUCCAUCUACUGUUCCGGGUCCUCAGAAGCCGCUGACCUCUACCUACACUGGCAGCUCUGGCACCCAGGCAGGAUCCUCUACUCUCUUCACCCUGCAUGGAAGCCCUGCUUAUGGAUCACGUCAGCCUCAAGUUCACAGAAGCGGCUUACCUCCAUCUACCAGGUCAGCUCUGGGGCUCAGCUUGGGGCCUCUACUGGUGUGCGCCCUCAGAGAAUGA